AUGAUGUCCCUCCGGACCCUCGCGCGCUCAGCGCCCCGCACCCUAGCCCGUGCCUCCAGCAGCCUCUCAAGCCGCACUCCCAGCACGCUGCUCCGGACGACCCGCACGACACCCCUCGCGGCUCGCACACAACAGAUCUCUGCCUUCUCGACGACAAUGCUCCGCCCGGCCGCCAAGAAGGGAGAGGUGGAUGCCGAGGUGUCGGAGAAGUUGGCCAGCGAGAUCCAGUUUGAGAAGGAGGUCCGCGAGAACGAGCCGCAGCCGCCGAGCAUCAAGGACUUUUUGGAGAAUAGCAAGUUCACGCUGGAGGAUGUGCCUGGCAAGGAGGAUGUGUAUCUUAGACGGACGUUUGGCGAGGAGAAGAUCACGGUUUCCUUCUCCAUCUCGGACCUGCACAACAUGGACCAGGAUAUGAUGGAGGACGACAACAUCCUGGAAGACGCCGACAUAGAGGAGGCCGAAGCCGCGCGCAACACAGAGAACCAAGAAGGCGAAGAAGGCGCCGAGGAAGACGAACCCGGCCACGAAGCCCCCGUUCCUGUCCGGCUCAACAUCGUGAUCGAGAAGCCGAACCAGGGCGCCCUCAACAUCGAGGCGCUCGCGCAGGACGGCUCGAUCGUUUUUGACAACUUCUACUACUACGCCGACCCCAAGCUGGCGCACAGCACAGACGCCAACGCGGUGCACGAGGCGCAGGACACCUAUCCGGGCCCGCCGUUUGGCAGUCUGGAUGAGGAUCUGCAGGUGCUGAUGGAGCGGUAUCUGGAGGAGCGUGGGAUCACCCAGGGCUUGGCGCUGUUUGUGCCGGACUAUAUGGACUACAAGGAGCAGAGGGAGUACACGCAGUGGUUGAAGAACGUCAAGGCGUUUAUUGAUGCUUAG